AUGGUUUCAAGACAUUGGGUGGAUACCGACAGCAUCGCAAUGCCAUCCACAUCGAACCUCUACGUCCCACCCGCCAUCGUCAAUGAUGAGAAAGAGCUGGAAGAGAUGCCUCAGGGCACCUACUUCACCUACCAUCCAGUGUUAGAUGGCACACCAUGUGAUGCUGAGGGCAAUGAUUCACUUCCAGACCAGCCUCUGGACCACCCACCUCACCCAGAACAUGAUACCUGGCAUCCUUUUUCUUCCCAUGGCCAUUUCAAACUUGCCGACUUCAUCUUCCGUCGCAAUCAAAUGCCUGCAAAACAAAUAGACGACUUGAUGCAGUGGCAGUCGUUGUCUCUCCGACAUCCCGACUUUGAGAUGCUCCAGAAUGAUCCCAACGCUGCUCCAUGGAAACAUAUUUUAAACCCCGAGUUUGCUGGAGGCAUUGACUAUGCACCGCGACAAGUCUUUGGCGAGCAGGGUCAGCGGGUAUGGACAGAUCUUAUGGCCGGAAAUUGGGCAUGGGGCCAAUGUAAUACCAUUGCAGAUGAUCCAGACCACCACAGUGCUAUGUUCGUGCCAGUCGUUCUCGGCAGCGACAAGACUACAGUCUCCAUAGCAACUGGUCAAAAUGAUUAUUAUCUGUUGUAUGUAUCUGCCAGCAACCUUCACAACAACAUCUGUCAUGCACAUCGAGAGUCUCCGAACGAGGUCACGAUGGAAGCAAAGAGUUUCGAACCUUUUGCCAUCAUUUAUUCCAAGCAUCAUUACGGGCAAUUCUUGAAUCCUUUCAUCAUGCAAUGA